GCCUUAUUACGUGUGCAGAUGGUUCGCGGAGGCCCCCUAUCCUUCCGCGGUCUGCUUGCGCCAGAGUUCAAGCAUAAGCUCAUUACAGAUCUCAACUGGCAUUCACUCAGGACAAAAGCUUAGUAAUUACCUCAAAUGAAUCGUCAGUCCAUUAGGCAAGAUUCGUCCCCAACCUGAAAAGCGACCGACUUACACAUAAAAGGAUGCACACGUUUGCCUCAAAGAUGUAUAUCUCUGUUGACAACACUAUGGAACCAGUCGAAGCUCAGGGAAGCCCCCCUAAAGUCCUUGACAGACUCUUCAAAACUACAAAAACCUCCACUAUCCCCCAUCUCACAGAGCUUCGCAAGGCUCUUGGCUACGGCAACCCAGGCCUAGACCAGGACAUCGCCUUCAAGAGGGCUGUUCGAACCCAGAUCGAAUCUUUUACAUCUCCUAGCACCAACCUACCUGCAUAUAGAUUCACAAAGUGGAGGUUGCCUCUUCACCAAAGAGGUCUCCAAGAGGUCACCAAAGACUUCCUCGAUACCAAGGGCAAGGGGCCUGAGUUCUGGCCUGCAAGGCAUAACUCUGUCAACACAAGGUGUCUUGAGUAUUAUAAAGACUCUUCUCGAAUACGCCGUCUCAUGAUUAAAGUCUUUUGGCGUGCAGCACAAGAGUACAAGCGACACAAGCCCUCAAAUUCUGCCACUACCAAGCUGCUACUACAGCCCAGCGACAGAAACACUUCGCCAUUAGAGCCCCUUGACACACCGAGUGACGACAAACGCCAAGUUCUCAAGAACAACUUUCACAUACUCAAAGGCCAGAGUAUCGACAACCCCAUAGAUGUUGAGAGCAUGCAGUCCACAACGAACACACCAGGGCCGUCCACAGACGACCACUUUGCAGCCUUUGGAAUGUCCGUUAGAUUUUCUGUCCUUACACAACAACGACAAGAUACGCCAGAGGAAAGCUCGAGUUCCGAGCCUCUUUCGUCUUCCCUUUUAGUCCCCGACACAGCCGAAACUAUGAUGCCUAUUCCUGAAGAAGCAGAGAGUACGUACAGUACAGACCCGUACGAAGUGCCCAAAAGCCCGCCGAGGGCCACUGAAACUGCACAGGAUAAUGGUAAGCGUCCGGUCGAGUCAGACUCCAAUGAUAGCAACCAUCAAGCCAAAGUCCCCAGACAAGGUUCGAGUACAUCUGUGAAACCGACACGUCAGCCUCCAAAGAGCACUCGGGAUGGCAGAAAGACCCAGAGUCUCCCCCCUCAAGUCCGAAGCUCUCGAAGACAGAGUAAGCUAGUCCGCCGACAGGAUGCUGCUGCAGAAGAACAGAUUCAAGCUACCGAGAAUCCAACUCCAACUCCAUCACCUCCCCCAGCUGCAAUUGUAACUCAGCGUGGAAGUAAUGCGAACCAAGGCAAACUGCCCUCAGCCAACACUGAUGGUUCCACUUCCAAGACUCCGGCAGGGGAAGCACAAGGCCAGUCUUCAACCGCAGCCGUCAGAGCAGAGGUAGCUCGCCAGGCUGCAAGGCAGACUACAGAGGCAGCCAUAGCAGCGGGUGUAGACCAGCAACUAGACACCCACAGCACUUCUACAACUGGCCUCUCCGCUAAAGCUCAAGGAAAGCUACCUGCUGUCCCGACCAGACAGACCCCAGCGGUCCAAGCUGGGCCCAGCCGGGAGCGGGAGCGGGAGUCUACAGCGAGACCAGAGGCCAGUGCUGCGAGACAAGAAGGCAGCAAUUCUGGGAACCCAGAGCCUGAAGACAUACAGCAACAAGUAUUGAAUGGACGUGAAACAGUCAUCAGAUCCAACAUCGCUAAUGGCGUUGACUUCAGGUCUUGGAGACCUUCAUCUCCCCUCUUCCACAUGUCUCUUGCAAGUGUGGCCUGGGAGUUGGGUUUGAGGCCCGGCCGAGCCCUUCAUAUGUCUCUCAGAGGUCGAAUAACCAACUUGAAUGAAGAAUUCGAGAACGGCCAAGAGAAAAAGUUUGAAUCCUUCAAAGAUGAGUGUUUGGACGUUAUUACCCAGCAACAUUCUGGUGCUGCAUCUACUCCAGGAUCGCAGCGACGACAGUUGAAGAUUUACUUUUCGGAUAAGCCUAUUUCGGUGGACGUGUAACUUGCAGUUGGGCUUCGGUGCAAAAUUGUUUUCUUCUUUCUUUGUGUUUUUAUGGUAUUGUAUUUUUCUCCUUGAGGAAUUGGCGGAUUCAUGACUUUUAAUGGCUAGACGGGUAUGGAAGUGUUAACGGGUUUCUAUUCUAUGGUUUUUUUUUUUUUUUUCUUAUC